CCACUGCUGGAAGCCGGCCGGAAAGAUGGCGGGCCUGCGUAGAAAAGGCGCGACUAGCCGCGAGUGACGUCAGAAUCACGCGUCAAGCAGUCAGGACAAGAAGUCUUUCCAAGCUGCUACAUCCAGCAAAUAUUGGUGUUUUCAUCCUAUCGCGAAUAUACUCUGUUGUUAGUUCCUAUGGUCAAAGAGAAAACGGCCCCAAAUCACUUUUUUGGAAGUAGGGGAGGCCCAGAGUAUUAUAUUCUCUGAGGAGCCUGGCUGCUACACUUGGAAAAGCCCUGGUUUAGAUGAUGGCCACGCCGAGCAAGACGCCCCCCGGAGCCGAUCCCAAGCAGUUGGAGCGGACCGGUACUGUGAGGGAGAUUGGGUCACAGGCGGUGUGGUCGCUGUCCUCCUGCAAGCCCAGCUUUGGCGUGGACCAGCUGAGGGAUGACAACCUGGAGACAUACUGGCAGUCGGACGGGUCCCAGCCUCACUUGGUGAACAUCCAGUUUAGGAGGAGGACAAAGGUGAAGAUGUUGUGUAUUUACGCUGACUACAAAUCGGAUGAGAGCUACACACCUAGUAAGAUCUCCGUCAGAGUUGGCAACAACUUCCACAACCUUCAAGAAGUCAGGCAGCUGGAGAUGGUGGAGCCCAGCGGAUGGAUUCACAUCUCACUCCUCAACCAGCAGACAAACGAGCCCAUCAGCACCUUUAUGAUCCAGAUCGCAGUGUUGGCAAACCACCAGAAUGGCAGAGACACGCACAUGCGGCAGAUCAAAGUCUACACACCGGUGGAGGAGAGCUCCAUUGGCAUGUUCCCACGAUGCACCACGGUGGACUUCAUGAUGUACCGCACCAUCAGGUGAUCUGCACCACCAGCCGUGUGCACCGCCAUUGUAUUGUGUCAACAUUGCGAGUGUUUUUUUUUUUUUUCCAUAUUGGACUGACAAGUGUUGGGGUCAUGUGACGCCACCUGAACCACUGCUGUGCCUCCUCCCGUUGCAGAUGUCAGAGUUUACAUUGUAUUAAACUUGUUUCAUACACUGA